AUCUUUUCCAAGCGGCAGUUGAUCAAUUAAUCAUUCAUACAUACCUAUACUGUGAAUACCUAAGUCGACUCUCUAUCUAAACAUGGCAGAGCACGCAGAGCACACAGAGAGGAAUCGUCAGUACUUUGACAAGUUGGCCAAGUCCUACACCAACGACUUCAAGAGUGUCCUGGAAUUUAUUUGCAGGCUAGUGGAUGGUCACCGUCCCUGGAUCAGUGAUGCAUGGGUCAACACGGAGGCUGGAAAGGGGAAAGAGAUUAAGAUGCUAGAGUAUGCAUGUGGGACUGGGCCUGUGUCUUUGACAUUGGCACCUUUUGUGUCGAAAAUCGUUGGACUCGACGUCUCAGAUAAUAUGAUUAGCGAGUACAACAAGAAUGCCGAAGAAGCGGGCUAUGGAGACAAGAUUAUCGCGCUCAAGGGUGACCUUCUGGCUGAGACUGCUCCGGCAGAGCUCUCAGGGCCCGAGUACUUUGACUUUGAUCUCGUGGUUGUCAGCAUGGCCCUCCACCACUUUGAGAGACCAGAAUUAGCCAUGGCCCGCUUUAGUGAACGUCUGAAGAAAGGUGGUGUGUGCGUUAUCGUCGACAUUGUGCCAGACGAUCACCACCAUGGCCAUUGUCACAAGGUUGAGCAUGGCUUUGGCGAUGCUGAGCAUACGGUCAAAAGCCACGGGUUUACCACGGAGCAGAUACAGCAGCUAUACGGAGGAGCAGGGCUUGGGAUGGGCUUCAAAUAUGAUAUUUCGAAGGAGCAGGUUGUAUUUCGCAAGGACGGAAAAGAGCAUUUAAAGACCAUAUUUAUUGCUCGUGGGCAGCGUGCGUGAUACCGAUGGAAUAGCUGCUCAUGUCUUGGUGAUGGCUUAAUAAUGCGAUACGACAAGUGCCCCGUUCAUUCAGUAGCAAAGCGAUGUUCAAAAAUCACUACUUCUGCAGCAAUUGACAUUGUAGUUCUUGGUUGUCAGGCG